AUGGCAUUUUGGGAACAGUUUCGGCAGGUCAUUCAUGACAAUGGGAGGCUUUCCGUUUGCGAGAAGUUCAGCUACUUGAGGUCAGCUCUCACUGGGAAAGCUGCGGCAGCAAUAUCUGGACUGCCACCUACAGAAAGGUGCUACAAUGACGCACUUUUUGAAAUUCUGAAAGGUCGUUACGGGAAUGAAGCCCUGCAAACAGAGGACCACAUGACGAGGCUCAUGGGAUUACAACCAGUCAGGUCCUACCAGGAUGCAAAGGGUCUCAGGAAGCUCUAUGAUGAGCUGUCACCGCAUAUAAGAGCUCUGAAGGCAUUAGGAGUCUCGGAGGAGUCGUUUUCGUCAAUGUUGUACUCUCUAAUGCUUCGCCUGAUACCGCAAGGCAUCGUUGUGGAAUUCAACAGAAGGGUGCUGGAGGCAGAAAAUGGAUCUCCAGAGGAAGAGGGAUCUCCAGAGGAGACGCCCAACGGACAAGGUGACAGAGAAAAUCCAACGCCUUCCAGCGGGGAGCACGUCGCUAAGCUACGUAAAUUCAUCAAGUUCCUACGAGUGGAGGUAGAAUGCUUGGAAAGAACGCUUACUGCUCAAGGAACAAGAAAAGAUACAGGAGAUGGAUUUCCAAAAAUGAAAGGCGCUCGAAAGCAGCGUACAAAGGGAUCAGCGAGACUUUCGUCAGCAGCAGCACUGGUCAACACUACAGAUCAGCUGUCGGAUUGUUUCUUUUGCAAGUCACGGGAUCACCGGACCACGGAGUACGACGCACGGAUGUCACAGGAUGACAAGCUUCGAAGGCUGCAGGAGACAGGGCGAUGUUUCCGAUGCACCUGGCCAAACCACGUAUCGAGGAAAUGUUGGAGGAAGGUGAAAUGCGGUAAGUGGCAAGGAAGGCAAGCGGCUUCGGUGUGCAAUCAUCGUAGAGGAGAUGAAGAGGUGAUUCAAGACCGCGCAGCGGAUGGAACAACUCAACUGAGUUUAGAGCUGUUGAACGAAGAUUAUGCUCCUACGACUGUUUUGCAGACCACAGUUGCUUGGUGCAAAGGGGAAAAGGAGCAACUGAAAUGUAAGGUGAUGUUCGACACCGGCAGUCAACGACCGUUCGUGACCAAGCAGAUCGCCCAGACGCUCCACUGCAGGACGGUGGGAGAAGAGACUCUAAAAGUAGGAGUGUUUGGAGGGCAAGAGGAAGAGCGGCUAUAUAGACAGGUUCGACUGAAACUGCAAAGUCUGUACGACGAGAACGAGUACGACCUGGAAGUCCUGGUAAUGGAUACCAUAUGUACACAGCGGACACGAAGGCCGGGAUCCGGAAUCCUGGACCAGAUGAAAGAGAGACAGCUAGCAGUUCAACAUUUGACGUGCGCAGAAAGCCAAGGACAAGUGCAAGUUCUCAUCGGCACAGACGUGUACUGGGAUCUGAUGACAGGAAAAGUGAUCAGGUUAGGACGAGCACUGAGAGCAGUAGAGACGCGGCUGGGAUGGACAGUGCACGGGGCUACUUCAGAAGCGGAAGGAGUCACGAGUCCAAUCAAGCACUGGUUCUAUGAGUUUCUGCUAAUCAGGACCAGCAGGAUAACUACGUGCAGAAGUUUUGGCAACUGGAAGCAAUUGGAGUCGCACCAGAAACCGAAAACAGUGAAAGCGAUAGAGUACUGCGGCGGUUCGGCGAAACGGUGA